GAAGGUGUAGUUGUGUGUGUGGAAGUGUGUAUACAUAUGUGCGAAUGUAAAAUAAAAUAGAAAACUUAAAAUAAUAUUGUCGCCGUUCCAAUUGAUUCGCGCUGCCAAUACACGCCAUGAGGGUUUUCGCGGCUGUGCGCAUCGCACACGCGUUCAAAAAUUCGAACACGAAAAAUGCUUAAAAAGUUUAUUAAGUUGCAAAAGUGCCUGACGACAGUUUGGUAAUUAACGGCUGGAUGGAAAAUUUUUCGUAUAAAAAUUCUGCAAAAUUUAAAGCUAAUUUAAGCAAAUAAGAAUUGAACUUCUACUUUAUUUUUUUGUUACUAAUUUGUAAUAAAAAACCGUCGAAAAUUGCAUUUGAAAACAAACAAAAAUCGGCUGUGUUAAGCGUUAAUUAUGUGCGAGCGGAUUUAAUUGGGUGGAAAGUGUAGAUGAUUUUUAAAAUUUUUUUAUAUUCAGGUUGUGUAAACAAAUAUUUGUGAGAGAUUAAAUUUUGUAAACAAACAUUUGCUUUGUUUAGUCAGAGAAUUCUUUAUUGAUUGCAAAUGACUAUAAAAUACCUAUUUGAGUAUUUUCUUUCUUACCAACUUUGAACAAGCGAAGUAUAGUGUGUGUGUGUGUACGAUUCCUUUCGUAUACUUUUAUGAUGUGCGAUUCAUCUAAUGACUUUUUGCAGCAGCAGCAGCCGCCGGUGAUGACUGUGAAUAAGAAAGAUAGCCCUCAGGGCACCCCCACCAAACUGGCACAUCAAUUUUGGUUCUCAUAUCCGCCACCGGGCGCUGGCGGAGGCUCUUCCAACAGCAAAACAUCGCAAACGGACGAAGAGAAGCAACGCGACCGACAACGCAGCGAACGUGAAGCGAAAAAAGAGGAACAGGACGCCAUCAACUACAAGCGCGAUAAAGAGGCACGUGAGGCGCGUUUGCUUGAUUUGGAAAUACGUCGACAACAGAAGCGCGAAGAGCAUAAGCAACAACAUCAGCUGCAGCAACAACAGCAGGCACAGGGAGGACCAAGCGAGAAGAGUCCACCUACAACAUCAGGCCAGUCACAACAACAACAACAGCAGCAACAGCAACAUCAGCAACAACAACAACAACAACACGUGACUGGUGGCAGCAGCAGCAGCGGGACUACAGCGCCCCGUAUACAAACACCGCCAGAUCGUUCGUGUCCGCCAGCGUUUCGGAGUCGUUCCAUCGAGCGUGAGCUACAUUACGAGCGCAAAAGGUAUUCGGCGCCGGAAACAGCCGAAAUCAAGGAGGGUGUAAGCACGACACCAUCACCGCAGGCAAUCACUGGACCGCCGCCAGCCACACAUCAUUCGGUGGUGGCGGGCCCUCCGGCAACAGCAGCAGCUGCUACAGCUGCUAUAAUACCCAUAUUACCGCUUGGAGUUGCCACGCUGCGUGAUGACUCCACGGAAUCAGAACAAUCCGUGACGUGUACGCAGGCCCAGCCAGAUGCGUAUCAUCGCAUUAUGUAAGUAAAAACAAAUAUUUUUAUAUUUAGAACCUUGCAAUGAGUUUGAAGCCACUUAAAUUCGUAGCGGAUAUUAAAAAAAGACAGAAAACGGGAAAUUGCUUAUUUUUGGCAGAAGUGGAUAAAAAAUAAAUUAUUGAAAAUAAAACCAAAAGCGGAAUUGAUAAUAAAUGAAGAAAAAUUUUAUUAUUGAUGAGAUAAAAAAUAUGUUUAUAUUUAUACAUCUAUGCUCUUAAAUAUAUGAGUAUUUGUUUUUAAUUUUGCAAUACUUGCAUAUGUACAGUGCCGGUAAAAAUAAUAGCACCAAUGUGAGCUACGCUAUUAUGAUGGAACCUAUUUUGCAGGAAGCUAAGGUGCUGUUGUUGUAUUCGCUAUCUGAAGGCCAACUAGCGCGAUCACAACCACCUUUAUCACAAAAAGCUACUAUGAUUUGGUUAUUAUGAAGGGUAGCGGAUGAUAUUUAUGGCGUAUUUUAAUUUGAGAUUCAUUUACUAAUUUCGCUUGAAAAGAAAGUGCCUUUUCUCUUUGUGUUCUUUUUUGGGCAUUGCCCACAAUUUUUAUAGCAUUUGGGUAGGUAUACUCGUGAGACGUAAACUGAAAACAUUGUAAACAAUUACGAUUGCAAAAUAUACAAAUAUAUAAUAACGGUUGUUUUCAGUUCGAUGUCUAGAUAUAUAUCAUUUGAAAAAAUUACCGUUGCUUUACAGGUCGCUGAACCCUAGAAGAAGAAGGAGGUUGAAAAAAUUUCGCAGUAACGCUAUGCAGAAAAAUGUUCGAAAUACACCCAACUUUGUUUUUCACGCAGAUACGUUCUUCAGAAAAGCGACAGAAAAAAAUCGUGAAAAAAAAUAUUACUUUUUAUUUCUUAUGGUUCGAGGGAAAACCAAAGGCCCACAAAUAAAAAGAACCAAAAUACUUGUGACACAUGGUAAAUUAGGGGAUAGGUACCACAACUUUAAAAAAUCGUAUAAUUUCAAAAUAUUUUCCCAAAAACCAGUGCAAAAGAAGUAAUAAUGAAAUCCAUAUUAUAUAAAUAUAAACAAAAACAGUUCAUUUUUAUUAAAAAAAUUUAAACUGGUGUACAGUGAAAAUUCAAUUCAUAAGUACAAAACAAAUUAAAAUUGAAAAUUGGAAAAAAGAGACAAAUUUUGCAAUAGUUCUACGCAGCAUUGGAUGCUCAAGCCAAAGUUCAGCAAUUAAAUUUUUUAGUAAAAACAACGAAGGGGAACAUAAGCAAUGAAAGUAAUGGAAAAUCACUGCUUCGCAUGUCAGUUACUUUAUUUCUUAUUUUAUCAAAAGCUGAAGAAAAGAGAAUGGCAUCCCAGAUGCACUUUUUCCGCCUUGGCAGUAAUCUGUGCUCCCAGAUGUUUCAUGGGCUACAAAUACACUCUCUACUAGAAAAGUAUGGAUUUCUCUAAUAGACAUUUAUAACGAAACUAAAAUUAGACGAAUUAGAACCACUAACCAACGUUUGUGGCGAUAUACUUCUGGAGGUCAAUGAAAUGAAAUGAAAGGAAAUUGCCCUUCUACAAGGAGGCGCAUAACCAAUCAUCCCAUUUUGUUUUUGAAUAACGAUUUUUUAUUUUUGUUUUUUUGCCUAGGGCAUCGACAAGACUUUUCCAUCGCACACGGUUCUGUGAUGUUGUUUUUGCACUGUCCCAUGAAAUGUCGGCAUCUGCUAGUUCGCGCAACAUCGACCUUCCCCAAGUUUUUUUUUUGGUCGACCGGGACCCUGCUCCCUUGCGGAUUCCAUUGUCGUGCCAGUGCCAUUCUCAUGGUGAUAUUUGGUGGUUUCUCAAUGUGUGACCUAUCCAUCGCCACUUUCUGCGUUUGAUUUGCCUAAGGAUGGGUUCUUUGUUCGUUAAUCUUCACAAUGCCUCGUUACUGAUGGUGUUUGACCAAAAUAUUCUGCAGAUGAUGCGGAGGCAUUUGUUGAUGAAGUAUUGUACCCUCUGUUUGAUGGUGUUAGAGACGAGCCAUGUUUCGCUUCAGUACAACAAUACGGACUUCACGCAUGAGCCGAAUAUUCGUAGUUUAAAGGCGAAGAGAAGGGGCGACAGGGGACAACUUUGCCUUACGCAUGCGUUGGUAGUGAAUGGAUCGCUCAUAUCUCCUUUGUGAAGCACUACCAAUUCGGAGUUCUCGUAGAGGGCUUUAAUGAUUAUUUUGGGGCGAACUCCCUUUCUACUCAGUGCCACCCAUAUUGCGUCUCGUUUGAUAGUGUCCAACGCCUUCUUAAAGUCUACGAACAGCAUGUAGAGAGUGCCGUAAUUGUUCAGCGUUCUCCGGUCCUUAUACUCUUAAACUACUAUACUCGUCUUUAGUUUAGAUUUUUUAAACUUAGUCUAGGUGUGCAAUGUUCAACCUGUUGAAUAAGGUUUAUAUGAGCAAUUGGUUGCUGCUGAUGGCUUGGUGGUACUAAAAGGAAGUUUACAGAAACAAGUUUCUAUGGAUUUGUCGAUAGUGUCAUGUGGGGUGUCUUUCUGCUGCAGUCAGAGCAGUAAGAGGUGCUAACUUGGCGGUGUGAUCAGGAAGUUCGUUUUCACGAAUCACAGUCUGUAUUUUCAUAUUCUAUUGAUAGCUUUCGAUCAAUAUUAUGUCAAUAACUAUUGGUCACUGUGGAGUAUGCGAACAAUUUGCCUUAAAAGUAUACAUUUCCAUUACCAAGCAUUUUGAGCUUCUUAAACGCCCUCGCCUUUAUAAGGGACCAACCAACAAAACUCGCUAUAAAGCAUUCAAAACUCAGUUAUCAGUUAAAUCGUGCAAUAAAUCGUGCAAUUGU